GCAGUAGUGUGCGGGUUUCUGCACAUAUUUUUAAACGCAGAAGAAGGGUUUGGGUUAUCGGUUGUUCUUGUGAUGCAUGCAUGAUCUUUGACCAGAUGUGUUGUUGAAUUUACAAUUCCUAUUCUAAAAAAGAGCUAAUUUGAAACCAUGGCAGGAGGAGUUAAGUAUCCGGAGGUCUACCUGGACAUGCUGUCGCAGCCCUGCAGAGCGCUGCACAUUCUCCUCAGCUUCAACAAGGUGCCGUUCACCAUCCGGACCGUAGCGCUGAGGAAGGGAGAGCAGAAGACUCCAGAAUUCACAAGUUUGAAUCCGAUGCAGAAGGUUCCCGUCUUGGUGGACAACGGUUUUGUCCUCACUGAAAGUGUUGCCAUUUUGAAGUACCUGGUGACCAAGUACAGCCUCCCAGAACACUGGUAUCCAAGCCAACCAGAAAGGAGAGCUAAAGUAGAUGAAUACAUUUCUUGGCAUAACACAAACACUAGACCGCACACCGCCAAAGUCUUUAUAACAGAGGUGCUGAUCCCCCGUAUGACUGGUUCUGCUGUGGAUGGUCUCAGAGUGGAGAGGGCUCUGGCUGAGCUGAAGGACACUCUGGAUAUGCUGGAGUCCAUGUUCCUCAAGAGGCAGCCCUUUCUGUGUGGGGACGACAUCACUCUGGCUGACCUCCUGGCUGUCUGUGAACUCAUGCAGCCACUAGGGGGCGACAGAGACGUGCUGAGCGAUAGGCCGAAGCUGCAGCGAUGGAGAAGCCGCGUCCAAUCAGCGCUUGGGGAAUCAUUUGACGACGCCCACUCUGUGUUGUACAAACUUCGUGACAACUUUAAAUCCAAACUCUGAUGUUCUUUGACAUAACAAGGGAUAGCCACAGAGCUGUCAAACAUCGCAGUGCCUUGCUAGAAUGUUUUUUAUUCAAUUAAGUGGAAUGCAAUUUGCAAAGUUGCUUGCUUUUAUAAUCUAGAAUCCAUCAAUACAAGAUACCAAACUAAGAUUCGUUAAUUUACACAUUGAACUCAGAAAAGGUUGUAUAAUACGGUGUGUUGUUUAAUCAGGUCUAAUAACUAAACAGCCUACUCUCUCCUCUACUGGCGUCCUUUAAAAUGAAAUGAGGGAUGGGACUGUGUCAAUGUUGUCGUUAAUAAAACCUUUGACAGAGCCUUGGCCCAUGCUUCCAUUAUCAUGGUCGAGUUGUUUCCUCGGAGAUCACAAGUGUCAUCACACGUUGUCAGGCUACAUCAUGAUUUUUUUUCUUGUUCAUGAUUUGAAAAGCAGCAUAUAAAUCAAGACCAACAAGCCAAUUCACCAGUGGACAAAAAAUGGUUUAAUUAUAAAAACAUAUUUACAGUGACUGACAUUUGUGGUCAUUGUACGGUCUUCUUGGGAAAAUUUCCGUCUCCCUCCUCGUCCUCUCUCGGCCUCUUGUUAUGCGAGAGUUCCUGCUGGACACACAAACACACUACAGUGGGCGGCGGCAAACGUACGGCGUGGUCAGGUUGGGGCUCUGCAUAAACAGAAACCUAAAUACAUGUCGGGUCCGAUAUGUGUUACCGUGUCUGAGUCUUGAGGAGGGUACAUCAAUUUAUUGGCCUGGGCCAACAUCGCAGGGUCCUGAGAAGCACACAAGUCACUUAUUAAAUAACUGUCUGAACACAUGGUGGACUAAUGACAGUGGUUUAGAUGACGGUACAUGUUUUAGCCUUUAAAUGUUUCUAUAUGUAGCUCAUGGUUUAGGGGGGAGUGCUUCACCUGUAACCAUGGAUGUUGUAAAGCUGAUGUGAUGGACAGGCGGAGGGAAGGAUCAACCACCAACAACUUCCUCACCAUGUCCUUGGCUGGAACACAAAGUCCAGUUUAAAUGAUGCGCGCACACCAUCACACAGCCCCCUUUAAGAGUGCGUCAAGUGUGACAUCCAGGGAUUGCAUAAUUCAAUGGAGAUUAACUAUGCCUGUGACCUCAAGAGGGAUACCCAUACAUCUUUAAAUCUA